CUUCAAGCCACACUCCUCCCUAUUCACGUCAUACCGACCUACCUGAGACAUUACUGCUGUACUAUUCAGACAAUUCGGCUUCGCCUCUCUAAUACCCCGUCGUCAACUUGUUCGUUUUCAUUCCAAAAAAAACCUGGCAGGGCUUCCCUCGAGAACGCACCUUGUCAUUCUCCAACAUGAGGCUAUUCAUCAUACCCCUUUUCAUUGGUAUCAUAGGCAAUGCUAGUGCCACUAUUCGACCUCGGCAGUUGGGUAGUUCUUGUUGCUUUGGCCUCCAGUCCGUUGGUAUUGAUGGCGAGGAAGUUAAGGAGGAUCAUGUAGGAGAGCUGAGCCUAGGUGGCCCCUUCCAACAAGGCCUCUUCUGUUUGGACAAGUCAACAAGAACUGUCAAGGAUACACUUAACCACAACUGUUUUAUGAGGGCCCCUAAUGAGCAAUUCCAGUGCUACCCAGGUAUUGUUGGAGCCACAGCUUUUGACAUCUCGUCUCCCCGCCCAGAUGGCAAGUCAUACCUCAUCUACGACGAUGGGCCGGGUACUUUCUACGCUUGCCCUAUUGGAACUGGGAAUGAUAAAUACUACAGCAUUUUCUCAGACUUGAAACCUGAUAAGACUGGCUGCGCCCCGGUUGCUUUGGCUCUGUAUGGCCCGUCAUUAGGAUGCUAUACUUCCAGCAAUAACACAGUGGUUGCCCCAACUUCCAUGUCCAAGAAGACUAAAACCAGGAGAUCGCCUGUUCGGCUCCGUCAACGGCAGAUAUCUGCCACCACAACCUCAACGAUGUCCGGCUAUAGCCAAGUACCAGGUGCUGGAUUGUGGUCAAGCAUGCCUUCAAGUGCGAUCCCAAGCGCAAGUACCAAGGCUACGGUCAAGGCCGGCUCGGCGAGUAUCGAAUCGUCCCAAACCUGCUUGAUAUCACCAUCUGCGCCGUCUAUCGCUCCCAUUAGACUGGGUUCUCGUGAUAAGUCAGCUCCAGAUGGCAUCAAAGACAAUUCGGCGGAGGCAUCCAUCACAUCGCACAAUAGUACAGUCUUCCUAUACAACAUUCCUAGCUCAUUCCUCCCGCCUAUAUCAGGAGCAAAACCGGCUCUCUGCGCUUUGCAGUUCCGUAUGCCUGUCUGUACGGAACUCCCAAAAGGCUAUCCAUGCUAUAAUUUUAGUGGGUUAGAACAGGAGGUGCUCGCGAAUUCUGGUAUGAACUUUGAUCUGAUCCUUGACGAUGGCAAGGCGGCUUGGAAUGGAACUGCGCUACAGCAGAUCUUUCCCGGAGAGAACACGAUCUUGGGCACAUUCGAAUGCGGAGCACCAAAAGGCUCGUACGAUGAUCGGGACCGGAAGAUGGGCUGGAACGCGAGCAGUGUCCGUGGUUUCGGUCUCGAGUUCCUUCAUGCCGGGGUAGGCGACGAUGCUAAAUAUCAAGAUGGGAUUGGCGCUUGGAUUGUGCCCUGCCAAUAGUCUCCUUUCAAUCUGGUUCUUGGCAUAGGGAGUUUCGAAGCUCAGCUAUGAUUUUUCGGCCCAUCUUCUAUCUGAUUAUUGAUGUGGACAAGCCACG